AUACUAAGCGAUUGCGUAUUGUGCGCAUGCGAAGUAUGUGUUACGCAAGAUUACAUCCAUGUAAUUCAGCUGUGAAGAAUGACGGUUUAGUUUUAUAGCACGUUUUAUUGCAUUUCUUAUGUAAUGUAAAAGAUACUACAAGUAUUUGCAGUAAUUUAUAUUUAACCACAACAUGACGUGAAUUAAAGGAAAUUGAGGUUAUGUCAGAUUCCUAAAUAUUAUUUACAACUAAUAAAAUACGAAACUAUGAUAAUGAUGCGAUUGUAUCAACAAUUAUUUGGACGUGGGAAAUGUUUAAAAUUUUAUCUGCUAUUUAAUCAAAGAAAAUGUGUUGUAAACUACUUGUACUCUUGCAAUACGGUUCAUACCAUGUCUUGCAUGUAUGAUAAACAUAAUUAUGAAAAUGAUAAAACACCAAUGCAACAGAAAUUAAAGUCAAUUAAGAUCUUAUCGAAUAUGGAUGAUGAAACAACAGAAUUUGCUAAAGCAGCAAAUGUUCAGACCGAACAAAAACUGACAUUUGCAAAAUUAGUAAAUAAUUCUCCACCUAAAAUAAAACCAUACCUGAAACUCAUAAGAUUGGAUAGACCAAUAGGAUCUUGGUUAUUAUUUUGGCCAUGUGGUUGGAGUAUAGCCAUGGCAGCAGUACCAGGUGCCUUACCAGACCUUCAACUUUUAUCUCUUUUUGGAAUGGGUGCAUUCAUCAUGCGUGGAGCAGGAUGCAUCAUAAAUGAUAUGUGGGAUCAAGAUAUUGAUGGGAUGGUAGCCAGAACAAAAGAUAGACCAUUGGUUACUAGGGAAAUUUCACCCCUACAAUCAUUGAUUUUCCUUGGAAGCCAAUUAACUUUGGGAUUGCUUAUAUUGUUGCAACUAAAUCUUUAUAGUAUUAUAUUGGGUGCAAGCUCACUAGUCUUAGUAAUAGUAUAUCCAGUUAUGAAAAGAGUAACAUAUUGGCCACAAUUGAUCCUUGGUAUGACUUUUAACUGGGGUGCUCUUUUGGGUUGGUCUGCAGUGCAUGGUUCAUGUAAUUGGUCUGUAUGCUUGCCACUUUAUACUGCUGGAAUUUGUUGGACCCUUUUGUAUGACACUAUAUAUGCACAUCAGGAUAAAGUGGAUGAUGUUAUAGUAGGCAUAAAAUCAACAGCUUUAAAGUUCGGAAAUAAGACUAAACUUUAUUUAUCUGGAUUCAGCACAAUCAUGAUAACAGGGUUACUUGCAUCAGGUAUAUUAACUGCACAAACUUGGCCAUAUUACACAGCAGUAGGAUUAGUUGGUACACAUGUUGCUAAUCAGAUUUAUAGUUUGAAUAUCAACAACCCUGCAGACUGUGCCAAAAAAUUCAUCUCUAAUCACAGGAUAGGAAUGAUUCUCUUUGCAGGAAUUAUUUUAGGGAAUCUCAUAAAAGAUACUAAAUGUAAAGAAGAUGACAAUGUCGUACAAAAAUCAGAAAACGAAUUUACUUUUAUCAAAGAAAAGCAACAGUAGUUGCAUCACUAUUAUAAAUGAUUAUUAAAUGUACAAACUGAAAUACUGCAGAGGCAAAUUAUAUGUAAUAGACAGAAGACACGAGGUAAAUAACUGGCUGGUUCCAGUAAAUUAAGGAAUUACAUAGUUUUAAUUAUAUGUUGGGUGCCAUAAAACAAUAUUGAUUACAAUCUUUACCAAGGUGUCUUUAGUAUCAUUGACAAUUCAACUUAUUGGAGUAAUUUAAAUAAAAAUAAUUUUUAUUUAAUACUAUUCCAAAUUUGUGAACUGAAAGGUACACCAAAGAUUACAGCAGUGUAGAUAGAAAACAAUUACUGGAACUACUGUUCUGAAAUAUUAAUUAUAAUAGACAAAAAUAUAACUAAAUGUUUUAUGUAUAUAUAUAUAUAUUGAAGGUUUAAAUGAAAUGAUAUAAUAUUAUUUAACCAAAUGAAAUCAAUUAGAAAUAAGAUUACAUAAUGUAAUUUGGUUUUCACUAUAAUAAGUAAUUAAAUUUUCUUAUUUAUUAUUUUUAGGUCAUUUUUUAAUAAAGUAUUUGAUGUGCAUA